AUGGCUGGUGAAGAACUGAACCGGGACGGGCAGCAGCAUAAAGAAGCUACCCGUCCAACCUCCCCUGCUGCCGACGCCGAGCCAUCAUCACCCACCGGCGCUCGUUACGGCUUCUCCCAAUUCUUUGACGGCAUAGGUCUCCCCGGCGGCAGCUUCAACAUCCCAUCUCUCCAGCAGGUUGUCCUCUGGUUCCAAGCUGCAAGCAUGUCUCUCGUCAAUGUUGACCUCCACGCCUUGGCCACGGGCGGCGCUGGUUACCUCGCCUCCAUCAACGCUGCCAACCUCAGCACUCCCGAGAUCUCACUGCUGUCCUACCAUUCCUCUUUCGUGGACGUUAUCGGCACCAACGCCACAGCUCGCAAGAUCGCAGACUUGGACUGGCAGGCUUUCCACGAGGGUGGUGUCUACAACAAGAAGGACAACACCAUGUACAUCUCGUCCAACUAUCAGUCUCUUGCCGACAACAUCAACAUCACGGUACUUUCCCUCGACGACCUGUCCAUCCACAGCACCCAGUUCCCAGACCUCGCCGAGGCCAACGGCGGCUCGUCGUACUACCCGCCUGGUGCCGACCAGUCCACCACACCUCCCAUGCAGGUCUGGUGCGACCAGGGUGACUUCCAGGCCUAUUCCAAGCUUCUCGCAGUGGACGUCAACACGAACAAGUCUGAGCCGCUACUCAUCAGCUUCAACGGCCGCAACUUCAGCGCCAUCAACGAUGUGAGGCAGCACCCCAUGACGGGCGACCUCUGGUUCACGGACGCCGAGUAUGGGUUUUUUCAGCACUUUCGUGUAGAGUCUCAGCUUCCAAGACAUGUUUACCGCUUCGAGCCUUCCACCGGUCUCGUCCAGGUCGUCGCCGACGGGAUCCAGCAGCCUAACGGCAUCGAGUUCUCCCCGGACUACAAGACGGCGUACAUCUCCGAUACGGGUGCGCAGCGCUUCGAGGCGAACCUCACGGGCCCGGCCACCAUUUACGCGUACGACAUUGUCGACAACAAGAGACUCGUCAACAAGCGCAUGUUCGCCUUCGCAGAUUCUGGGUUCCCCGACGGCGUGCACACCGACACCGACGGCAAUGUCUGGGCUGGUUGCGGAGACGGCGUGCACAUCUGGAACCCCGACGGCAUCCUCCUGGGCAAGAUCCACCUCGGUGAGACCUCCAACAACUUUGCGUUCGCGCCGGGCAAGGUCUUUGUGUUUUCCAACUACAGACUGUGGGUGGUUGAAGGAAUCAAGGCUCUCGGUCGGGAGGUCUGCAAGGACUUUGGCGUUGACAGCGACCCGAGAUGCCCCAAGUACUUGGGGCUUGGUGACCCAUAUGCAUAG